AUGGCUAAUUCAGCCGCUUCUAAAGAUUCAGACAACUGUAUUGAAAGGCAGAAAGAUGAAGUCAAAGCUUUACAAUCAAUUUUUGCUUCAGAUUUUAUUGACUUGCGGACUGAAAUAUCAAACCAACCUGCCAUGUUUAAAAUAAGACUUUUACCAAGAGGUGGUGCCAGUAGAAAAGAAGUUCAUGUCAAAGUUGAACUGUUCAUACAGUAUAAACCAGAUUAUCCUAAAAGUGUACCAAUAAUAGAUGUGAAAAAUGAUAAAGGAUUAUCAUCAGAACAGAUAAACACAUUGAAAAAGAUUCUUGAAGAAGAAGCAGAAAAGUGUGUUGGGGAGGAAACCGUUUUUAAGUUGACUUCUUACAUUCAAGAAUAUCUUGAAGUUCAUAAUAUUGAGAAACCAUCAUCAUUUUAUGAUGAAAUGCAUAUUUCUUCAAAUGAACCUGAUGACACCCACUCAAGCAGUGACUGUGAUUUGCAUUUCCUCCAGAGUAAAACCAGCAGGAUAGCAAGAGACUUUGAUAUUUUAACAAAUUUGGGAGAAGGUGCCUUUGGUUAUGUGAUUAAAGUAAAAAACAAAUUAGAUGACAGAUUUUAUGCAAUAAAAAUUAUUGACUCAAAACAUAACAGCAAACUAUUCAAAAACAUUACAACUGAAGUGAAACUGCUGUCACGUCUCAACCAUGAAAAUAUUGUCAGAUAUUACAAUUCAUGGAUUGAAGAGGAUUCUUCAUCUCCAGAUGAAUCAAAAAACCUGCCAAAUUCUGAGGAGGAUGAAGAAUCUUCCUAUUCUCUUUCCCAAUAUGUGUGUUUUGAAGACUCUGACAAAGACGAAUGUGAUGAUGAUGAAGAAGAUGAAGAUGAAGACUUACAAGUUGAUAGUUUUGCAGAGGGAAUUAUCCAUCGAGAUUUGAAACCAGGGAACAUUUUUUUGGAUUCUAAUGACCAUAUAAAAAUAGGAGAUUUUGGUUUGGCAACAAUACAUAAACCAAAGCCACAACAAACUGUUACUUUGUCAGAGGCAGAUACAUUCCAAAAUGAUUUUUGUUUGAUGUCCAGCUUGACCACAGAUAUUGGUACAUAUUUUUACAAGAGUCCAGAAGUUUCAUCAUCUUCUGGGCAUUAUGACCAGCAAGUUGACAUGUACAGUCUGGGCAUUAUUUUUUUUGAAAUGUGCUACAUUCGAAUGGAAACUGGCAUGGAACGCUGUACAGUGCUGACAAACCUACGCAAGAAAGAUAUUAUUUUUCCAGAUAAUUUUGGAGCCGAAUUAGAAAAUCAGAAGCAGAUAAUUCAGAUACUGUUGAAUCAUGAACCUAAAUGCCGUCCAACAAGCAAAGAACUGUUGCAGUCUAAUCUACUUCCUCUUGUUGAAAUAGAAGCCAAAACCAAUAUGAUCUUGUCAUCUGCAAUAUCUAAUUCAAAAAGCAAAACAUAUAAAUACAUGGUCGAAUCUUUCUUUAAGCAAAAAUAUGAUGAAGUCUGUGAUAUAAUGUAUGAUGAUGAAGUAUUCAAGCCUUGUAGUGUGAAACAUAGUUUAUUGCAAAAGAACAUCAUUGAUACCAUGACAAAAAUAUUCUGUCAACAUGGAGCAAUACGGAUAAGUACACCUUUGCUGAUGCCAAAGAAUGAAAUUCAUUCUGCCAGGACACCAACAUUUAUGGAUCAGAAUGGACAAUUAGUUUGCCUUGCUAAUAAUCUCAAGGUUCCUUUAAUCCGAUAUGUAAAACGAAGGAAUAUACAUAAUUUAAAACGAUAUAAUAUAGAUAGAAUAUUUAUUGGGAAAACACAUGGGCUCCAUCCAAAAGAAUUUUUAGAAUGCAGUUUUGAUAUUAUCACUCCAAUAAUUAACAAUUUAUUGCCAGAAAGUGAAAUUAUUUAUCUUAUUGAAGAAAUUAUCAAUGAAUUUAAUGACUUAAAAGCAAGGAACUUUUCAAUUGUCAUGAAUCAUACAAGUAUACUUAAAGCUGUUCUUAUCUACUGUGGUGUAUCAGAAAGCAAACAUGAAGAAAUAUUGCAUCUUGUUGAAAGACAGGGUGAGAAAACAAAGAACAUUCAAAAUGCAUUGGAGGAACUGAAUGUUUCUGAUCAAAAAAUUUCUUCAUUUAUAAAAAUUCUGAAAGUAGAAGGAAGCCUGGAGGAUAUUGAAAAAAAUUUGCAUUUUUUAACAAAGUGCAAAGGAGAGGUUCAUACCUACUUAAAACACGGAUUCAAAGAACUGAAAGAAAUUCUAUCUUAUUGUCAGUUUCUUGAAAUCAAACUACCAAUAAUAAUAAAACUUAAAUUUCUUCGUUGUGUCAAUCUGUAUUCUGGUAUGUUCUUUGAAGUUCAUUCCUUCUCCAAAAAAAGGACACUUGAAAUACUUGCUGUUGGAGGAAGAUUUGAUAAGCUUAUGUCUGAUUAUACAGUUCCUUUAUACACAAAACUGAAAUCUACCAACCCUCAUGCCGUUGGUGUCAAUAUUGCUCUUGAUUUUAUUGUCACAAUAUUAAACAAAGAACAGUGGCAAAUUCAAAAGGCUUCAUGUGGACAUUGCCACUCUACAGGAAACAUGUAUGUCUGGAUAGCUGAAGGAGAAGGACUACACAUUCUUCUGGCAGCAGAAGAUUCCAAUGAACCACACCAACAUGGAGUGGGCUUUGCAAUGAGGAACAGCCUGUUGAAUAUGGUAGAACCAGGCAGCAACGGCUUCAAGAGACUCCUUAUUUUACGUCUCAACACUACUGCAGGCCCUGUCAAUCUUGUCUGCAUGUAUACCCUGACGCUCUCUUCCACACCGGACACCAAGGACAAAUUUUACAUCAAGCAGGCAACCACCAUCAGCAGUAUCCUCAGAAAGGAACAACUUGUUCUCCUGGGCAGCUUCAAUGCCAGAAUGGGUGCUGAUCAUAACUCUUGGCCUUUAUGCCUUGGACGGUUUGGCAUUGGCAAGAUGAAUGACAAUGGCUUGAGACUGCUUGAGCGCAUUCAUCAUUUUGCUGCCAGCUAA